AUGGAGAUGAUCAUAUCUUUCCUUAGACUCUGAAUAGUAUGGUUCAACAGACUCGUGCUAUCAGUGUACUUCAAAGAAGUUCAGAUUAUUGGAACUGAGAAGGUCCCCAAAGAAGGGCCUAUCAUAUUUGUGGGAAAUCAUGCAAACCAAUUCAUUGAUCCCAUGGCUAUUGUUGCAUACUGCCCGCAGCAUAUUAGUUUCAUGGUGGCAGCCAGCACUCACAGGCAAAGAAUGAUGGGUUUCUUUACAAGAAUCAUGGGUGCAAUCCCAGUAGAAAGACCUCAAGAUAUUACCCAAGAAGGGCAAGGAACAAUAGAAAUUGCGGAGGAUAGUAAGAUAAUUGGCCACGAAACCAAUUUCAAGAAACAGCUCAUGGAAGGAGAUACUCUUAAAGUUAAAGGCUGGCCUGAAUAUGUUGUCACAGAAGUCACUUCUGAAACAGAGCUCAAAUUUAAAUCAAAAGGCGUCAAUUCUCCUGAAACAGGUGUUAAGAAAGAAUAUAAAGUAAUCCCAAAAGUUGAUCAAUCACAAGUCUUUGCAAAAGUAUGGGAAGAACUGAAAAAUGGCAAAAAUCUUGGAAUUUUUCCUGAAGGAGGUUCUCAUGAUCAGACCAACCUUCUCCCUCUAAAAGUUGGUGUUGCUAUUUGUGGGUUAGGAGCAAUGUCAAAAUACAAGGACACUAAAAUUAAAGUUGUCGCAUGUGGGCUUAAAUACUUCAAUCCUAGCAAAUUUAGAUCAAAGAUGAUUCUAGAAUUCAGUACUCCAUUUGAGGUUGACUCAAAACUUGUUGAAGAAUAUCAAGAAGACAAAUAAAACAGCUUGUGGGAAGUUUUUGAACCAAAUCGAGAAGAAAUUGAGAAGUGUAACUUUUACUGCUCCCAACUAUAAAGAGCUUAAGUCUAUCUAUCUCGCGAGGAGGUUAUACAUUCCAAGCAGUGAGGUGGAGGACUACUCUCAAGAAGAAAUGAAUGAUCUCUACAAAAGAUUCUUCAAGGGAUACCAAGAAAAGAGAAAGGAAGAAGAAGUUGAAAACCUUAUGGAAGAAGUCUAUGAAUAUGGAGCUGAGCUCAAGUCUUUAGGAAUCAAAGACUCUAAAGUCUAUGAAAUAGAAUUCAAUACAUGGGACUUACUCAAAAAGUCCUUCAUCUCCCUCUUCAGAAUGGUAAUGUCUUUGAUAUUUAUGCUCCCAGGGUUGAUGACAUUACUUCCAAUGUAUAUGAUCAAUAGAAUUCUUUCCGAAAAGGAAAGAAGAAAAGCAUUGAAGAAGUCUAGCGUAAAGGUAGUAGGAGCAGACGUGGUUGGCUCAUCUCGUAUUCUGUACUCACUCAUUCUGUACCCACUGACCUGCACAUUCUUCACCACAUCUUUGUUUAUCCUUCAAAGAAUGUACUCAUCACUCUCAAUCUACGAUUGUUUGGUGAAUUGUUUCUGGUUCCUUGUUUGCUACCCAAUAUACAACUAUAUUUGAGUAAGAUCCCUAGAUGGAGUCACUGACAACUGGAACAAUCUCUUUGUAAGGGUCUAUUGCCUCUUCAGUAAAGAUACUAUGGAAGUGAUCAGAGCUAAAAGAGAGAAUCUGGCUAAAAAGGUGCAUAAUGUCAUUAACCUCUUUGGCCCAAUGGUGUUCGAAGAUUUUGAUAAGAUGAAACUGGUGAAAAAUCUCAAACCAAAAAGCAAAAAGAGGAAAGAUAGCGAUAAAGACUCAGAAGUGACAAGCGAUAGUUCUUUCUAUCAGCUCAUGGACGACAUCGACUUCGAUGAAGCCUUCAACUCCCUUGAAGAACUUGGUAUCUAAGUUUAUUGACAUGAUAGAUGUGAUUACAAAUAAAUCAGUUUUUA